AAAUUCUAUAAAAACCGAGCUAUAACCCUUAACAAAACCUUCUUUCCUCCUUUCUUUGCUUUCAUUGCCUACUUUGCGUUUUCUUCUCUCAGAUAAAGUCUUUUAUCUUCUCUCUUUUCCAGUUUUCUUCUUUCUUCAAUUCUCUCAUAAAUUCCCCAAAUUUCUCCCUCUUUUCUUUUUCAAUUUGUUCUUGUUUUUUAAGAUCUAGGGUUUGUUUCUUCAAUUAUAGAGUGUAUGGUUUGAAAUUCAAUUCAAUGUUUUUCGAGCCUAUAUGAGCUACCAAAUCCAGAUGCGGAGGAUUCGAAUUCUCCAUUCAUUUUCAGUUGUUUUCCUCUACUGGUUUUACGUUUUCUCAUGAAUUAAUCGUUUCAAUUUCAUAGAUUUAGGUGGUUUUUUUGUUCUAGAUUUUUAGAUUUCGUCAAACCCUAACCCUAAUUUCCGAUUUCCCCCAAAUAAAAUCCCCUUUUUUUGAGGAAAACAAGUGAUUUUCCGAAUUUAGUAGAAAUUCUGUGUGAUUUAUAAUGCAGCAAUCGCAGCCGGUGAGUUCCGGGUCGGAUUCUGACCCGAGGUACGCGAAUAUGGAUGAACGGAAGCGAAAACGGAUGCUUUCGAACCGCGAAUCGGCCCGAAGGUCGAGGAUGAAGAAGCAGCAGCAUUUGGAUGAGCUAUUAAAAGAAGUGAAUCAGCUAAAAUCUCAGAAUUCUGAGAUUGCUCAGAAGACGGAUGUUGUUACACAGCAUUACAUUGCUGUUGAAUCGGAAAACAACAUUUUGAGAGCUCAGAUGAUGGAGUUAACUGAUAGAUUGAGGUCUCUGAAUUCCGUGCUUCAGUUUAUGCAGGAUGCUAGCGGUUUCGCCAUGGAUAUCCCCGAGAUUCCUGAUAGUUUGCUUGAGCCAUGGCAGCUCCCUUGUCCCGUUCAAACAAUCCCGAAUGUGUUUCAAUGUUAAUGAUAAAUCAAUUGUGGGAAGUAAAUGAUGAAUGCAUUUGUUGAAGGCUGCUGCUGUUUUAUGUGGAUGGGAUGAUGUUUAGUAGCUUGUCAAGUUUGUGGUUUUGGUGAUUUAAGAGUCUUAAUUGUGUUGGUGGUUGUUAUUUAGUUUGUUAUUAGGUGUUGAUUGUGUUUGUUGCUUCUUUUAUUCAAGUCUAUUGGUGAAUUGUGUUGGAAUAAUAAAGUUGAUCAUGUAAUACUAUAUUUGAUUAUGUUAAAUUUAGUUCUUAAUACUUUAUUUAUGAAGAUUUUAUAAAUUUGCAAGAUGA